CAUACCACGAAGACAUGGCCAAGAAGGCCUCGACUGGCUCCCUGGACCGGUCCGACCUCGUCGACUUCGUGGUCGACGACCGGACGGCCGAUGAGACCAGGGCCAUCUACAACAGCUGGGCGAACAAUUACGAGGAGGACAUGGUACUGCAGAAGUACAAGGCUCCGAGCAUCAUGGCUCACUUCAUCAGCCAGGAACUGCAGAUCAAAAAGGACGCCGUCAUUCUGGACGUCGGAUGUGGAACCGGACUUCUCGGGGUGCAGCUGAAGAACCUCGGCUACAGCUACAUGGAUGCCUUGGACUACAGCGAGGAGAUGAUGAGCGAAGCGAAGAAGAAGGGUAUCUACAAGCGCCACUUCGUCGAGAAGGUCUCCAAGAACAACAAGCUCUCCCUCAGGGACGCUGAGUACGACGUCGUGGCCCUGUGCGGUUGCCUCAUGCCAGGCCACAUCAUGCCGGACGCUCUUCCUGAGGUGGCCAGACUCCUGAAGCCCAACGGCCGUCUGAUGUGGGUCCACCGCACGCUUGACUACUACGAGAGCAAGUCGGAGCAGUUCCUGGAGACGCGCUUCACCGGCACCCUGCAGGCGCUCUGUCGCCAGUUCCGCAUGGAGAUAGUCGUCCGCAAGAAGGUCCAGGAGUACCGGCUCAAGUGCGACGGCCAGAUCUUCGCGCUCAAGAGGAAAUGAAGACGCGCGGUUCCACGAGUCCCCCGCUCCCGUACGCCGCCCUCUCCGUGAUGGCAAGGAGAAAAGUCCCGUUCGCGCAAUUCGAAUACGCUUGACAUGCUGAGCAAGUCGGCUGUGCUUCUGGCAUGAAUUAAAUUUACGCAUUGUAUGACGCACUGUAUGUUUGAAGAACUGGA